AUGACCGUUCGAAAUCAGGAAACGACAUGGUACAUGGAAUUCGGGCUGCGUCAUCAUGUGAUCUUCCAAAGUACACCUCGGGAGCCCCGCCGCGGUUGUACUGUACGAUCGAUCCCAAACGAUCCCUAUCGGCACUUUCACAUAACCCGUAUAGCUCAGAUGGAUCCAGAGGUUAAGUAUCUGUUAUCUCUGCGUGCCAUCCGGGAGCGCGCGAUAACCAUAGGGGAUGCCGCUCGAGCCGGGAGGUUGAACCAUUUCGACCUACACGAGGAUCGAAUGGAUGCUGUUGCAGAUUUCGUGAGCUCUAUUAUCAAUCGGGAUUUUGGCCCAGACAAAUUCGAUACAAUUCCACCACAUGGCCGCUGGCAACACUUUGAUGUUGGCAACGUGCCACGUAUCGAGAAUAUUAUACAGGAUUGGAAGAAUGAGAAAUGUGAUGACCUCGAAGUAACGCGACGCCUCAUCGAUCUAUUCUUUGUUUCUGUGCUCUUAGAUGCUGGUGCCGGUGACCACUGGCGGUAUAUCGAGCCAGGGACGGAUCGAGUGUACGAACGGAGCGAAGGCCUUGCAGUUGCGUCAUUGUAUAUGUUCAAGGCACUGGCUUUUGCUGCUGAGAAAGUCGGAAGGACGCCCUUGGUUGACGGUAGGGGAUUAAAGCAGCUGAGUACCGAGGCAUUAGCAGAAGGUUUUCAAGUCUCGCAGAGCAACCCAAUGCUUGGAGUUGAUUCUCGUGCAGCCUUGCUCAGGGGAUUAGGGAAAUCGCUCCUCUCCAAUCCUGACAUUUUUGGGGAUCAAGGCCGCCCGGGCAAUCUUGUUGACUUUAUUGUUAAAUCUGCUGGAAAGUCUUCAGAACUUGACAUUCUAGCUUUUUGGGACAUUCUUCAAAAUCUCCUGAUCCCUGUCUGGCCCAAAGACCGCACCACGGUUAACGGACACCCUAUCGGUGAUGCAUGGCCAUUAGGCAUUCUGCAGAAACAAAGCAGCUCUCAUGAUGGCCAUCACUCAGAAUGCAUUCAACCAUUUCACAAACUUACCCAGUGGCUCACUUAUUCGCUAAUGGUCCCAUUCCAGCGAGUUCUCGGUCUACAAUGGACCAACGCCGAAUCACUCACUGCCCUGGCUGAAUACCGCAAUGGUGGCCUGUUUGUUGACUUUGGUGUCCUGACUCUCAAAAAAGAAGCGCUUGACAGAGGAUAA